AUGUCUGGCGACACAUCAACAUCCUUGCCUGAACCGGUGCAACAGACGCUUCGCCGCCACGCGAGCGCAAUCCACUAUGCCCUCCGCCACCUCCCCCCGAAGGCCACCACUCCACGGGAUGUUUUGCAGCGGUGGGAAGACGGCUUGAAGAGUGCGGUGCAGGCAAUCAGUGAGAUAUAUCCCGACCAUCACGCGAAUAUCACCAUUCUGCCGAAGCUUGUACUCGGCGCGCUAUACGAGUACGACUACGCCGGCUUCGUGGCCGAACAAGGUGUGCCAUACGUUCCCAAUCCUUGGAACGUCCGGGCGUUCGGGAAGGAGGAUCCCCGGGAGGAAGGCUUUCCCUUCAGCUACCCCAUUUCCGGCGAUGACGACUGGAAGAUCGGCUUCGUGCCCCUGAAGGACCUACAAGAUGGUUGGGUUUUCGAAUGGAAAAGCGGAAAGGAGACGCGAGAUGCUGCCGUCCUCGACUCACAAUUGGGUUGCAGUGGGGACGAUAUCAAGGAUGCGCCGCCGCCAUCUGCUGCGGAGCAGCUGGAGAAGCGUCGACGGGCGAAGGGGAAAUCCGUGGCACGGUCCCCACAACCCAGUGGCUCAGGUGGAGACGACGGUAGCCACGUCCAGGAUGACGUCAAGCGGGGACGCACCCCUGGGCGUGAUGGCCAGGCGAAAAGGCCUGCGCGUGCCCAGCAGUUGGACUACGUGUCUCCCCCCGACACCAACAAGAAGCGCAAACGGCGUGGUGCAGAGAGCGACGGUUCUUCCUAUCAGCAAUUCAAGACAUACUACCCGCUGGCGACGCUCCCGCAGGCAAAGAAGAGCACGAGGCGGCACAGAAUCGCACUCGGACCCGACACAUUGGAAUUCCGGGAUAACGGCUUCAUUCCGUACCCUGUGGGCGCGGUUACGCUCGAUGACACGGACGUUGCGCCAGUGAGGGGAUCCGGAAUGGAACCCAACGACAGCAACAAGCCGAAGGGGCGGCUCUACAACGACAGCGAUGACGAGGAGGGCUUUUUUGAAACCGAAGAAGAAUGGCUGGAGCAGCUGCGUAAAGCGAACGAACCGCAGGGCGAAAAUGCUGGUAUGGAAGACAUUGCGCAGCCGCCGCGCCCUCGCAAGCGGGCGCGAAUCCGCAGCCCGGAUGUGGAGAGCGAAGAAGAUGUGGAGGCGGAGAGCGCGCUGCCAGGACCCUCCGUAGCAAGGUACAACAUUCCAUCUCGAGUCCCAGGACGCGAUUUCUUCGCGAUUCCAGAGUCCACCCUGCCCUCUGUCGACGGGCACAAGCGUUGGGAAGGCAGAGCAGCAUCGCGGCCAGCGACCAUGGCCGACUUGGAGGCGAUUCGCACUGAGAUUGCCAACAACAGCGAGCUGGUGCGACGCACACUUGCACAGAACCAGGGGCUUCAAGAGGACGUUGCCGCGUUGACUGCCAGAGUCCUAGAGCUAGAGCAAGUCAACCAUACACUGAUGACGGCGCCGACGCUUCUCUCGCCUUUCAUGUUCGAUGCGACGGCGGACUUCAACGAACCGCCCCCCUCCACCCCCAUUUUAUGA